AAACACGUGGUUAUUUUUUCAAUUGCACCGUUAGAAACGCCUAACGCAUAUACCGCAAGCGAAAGUGAACACGUUCCAUAUCCUUGUUGCUAAGCGAGAAAUUUCUUCAGUCGAUACCAGUGAAAAAAUAGGAAGCAAAAGAGAGAAGUUUUUUUAAGAAAGAUGAGGGUCAAAGACCCUGGCGGGGGCAUCCCCGUUGGAAAUCAGUUCGAUAUUCUGACUGACUUAGGUGAACCUAGGCGGAAAUAUGGAAAAACAUCAAACAUGACCGCCAGCCUUAGAAACCAAGUGGUUGAAGAAGAGAAAGUACUCAUAAUGGAGUCUGUAUCAGAGGGCAAGGACCUAACAAAAUGUAACCCUUUCUUAUUGCAAAAAAUUAUUGAAAACGCUCUCGGAUGCAAACCAGAGCAAGUGAGCCGAGUACGUGGUGGAAAACUAUUAAUUAAAGUGAAAAACGAAAAUCUGGCAGAAAAAGCUGAAAGAAUUAAAAAAAUUCCAGACACUAACGGAAAUAUCGAAGUGAAAGUGUACGAACAUCCAACACUGAAUACCACAAAAGGUGUAAUUCGUUGCCCGGACAUCGAAUUUAUGUCGGAAGAGGAAAUCCUUUCGGGACUAAAAGAUCAAAAAGUGACGGAAGUGAACAUAAUGAAAAGAAAAGUGGAAAAUGUGUUAAGAAACAGCAAAACGGCGAUACUUACGUUCAACACAACAAGAGUGCCACGAUCAGUGGAUUUCGGGUUCUACCCUCUGCUCGUCGAUCUAUACAUCCCCAAACCAAUGCGCUGUGCCACGUGCUUAAAAAUCGGUCACACAAAAAAAUGGUGUAAAGGUGAACGUACAUGUGCCAACUGCAGUUUACCGGCGCAUGAAGAGAUCAAUGAAGAGGACGAACUACCGAAAACCAUCUGUGAAGCGUGUCUGGACAAAAUUCUACUCCACCAUCGACUGAUCGAACAGAUCCAAUCGGCGCAAAAACGAUUCGUAAAGCUGCGUGAUGAAGAACAAGCGCGAAACUCUACCGCUGCCGAGUCAUCGGCAAGCUCGAGAACAUUGUCGGCUGAAUCCACUGCUAGCUCCCGCACUAUGUCGGUCGAUUCCACCGAUGCCGUGGAAGAGCCCGCCGAGACGCCACAGGAAAACGACGUGGUGCCCAACAACGAACCAACGGAAAAUGCAGCCACCGUCGCCGAGGCUGCAAAUGCCCGGGUACAGGAAGAUGCUCCAGCUAACGAAAGCAACGUUAGUAGCCAAGACUCGCAAGAGGUAGCUACGAGCAGUAGUAGCUCAACCGAAACAGUGCCCCCCCCAGAGCCUAGCACGAACCGAGAACAGAACGAACCAGGCUCAUCAUCGGCCGCAAAACCAUCACCGAACCGCUUGAAACGCAAGCAGCCAAAUCCGUCACAUUCGUCAAAGGUGGCUAGGAAACGGUUAGGUUAGAGCUUAACGAUCUAUCAUAGCGAUUAAAGGUUCGACCGACUUCUCUUCUUCGUCUCGGCACCAACCGUAGCUGAAAAACUAGCCGCCUGUUUCGUUAAUAGGGACUGUCUAUCCCGACCAUACUUACCGCAUUCAGUCCCAUCCAAACCCUGGCGGCAAAUGUGAUCAGCGAUCAUGUGCGGUCGUUAAGAGGCAAGACAAGAAGAUUUUCAAGCGACUCUUGCUCUAUUUUCCAAUGUCGAUGUAAGUGUAUUCGUUUAAAUUUAGUAAGCUAAAAUCUCUGUAUAUCGUGUCCCUUUUUCAUGUACAUGCUUCCAUUAAUUUUGUUUAAUCAAUAAACCAGCUGUGGUUAGCAGUUGUGUGCCGUUGCACAAUUUA